AUGGUGGGGGACGAUCCGUGGGGAUAUUAUGCAGUCCUUUGCAACGAGUCUCGGACAAAUGUCACCAUCUUUCAGAAGGCUCGUUUUGGGAUCGGCGACAUUUACUUUCUUUCGAGGUAUUACGGCAAGACCGAGGUGGUUCAAGGAACCAUCAAAAGGCUCGGUGAGAAGUCGCUUCAUUUGGAGGAUGGCACCAAGUUGGAGGAUGUUCAGGCUGUUCUCAAGCUCUUCGGAUUCGUGCCGGAAUGGGCUGUGGACAAGUUCCUCCAGCUGAAGCACCUCUCUGGAAUUUGGGUCAACGACGAUUACCGGAUUGGCACAAUGUCGGAGUUCCCGACAGUAAAUGCACAAAGAUUUGGUGGAACAUCUCUGUCUCCUGGGGCUGUGGGAUGGUGCAAUAUCUUCUAUCAUUUCUGGAAGUAUCCACAGGAUUUCGACAAGAUGAUUGCUACCGGCAUGCUGCCGAAGCACUUCCCAAAUCUUCAGAAAGAUGAGCCAGGCUACGUCCUCGAUGCAAAGAUCGGAUCCCAAACUCUGAUUGCCAUCAGCAGCCUGUGUCCCGAGCUCGCAGAAGUGACUGCGAAAUAUGAUGACAGCUUCAAGCGCAAGAAGCAGUGGGGGACGCACUCUCUGGAACAAAUCCAAGCGUUGGCAGAAGAAGACUGGUUGCGGUAUUGCCAGAUGUUCAAAGAAGCGGGCGAUUCAAGGCCGUUUCCACCAUACCCAUACUCGAAAGAACGAGUUCAAAAGAUGGUCGAAAGGCAAGACCGGGAGGAGUACGAGCGCUUUGUGAAAAAGGGCUGGAUUCAGUAG